GGAAACAGGAAGUGGUUAUUCAGACGCUAGCAGCAGAAGGUUUGGGCCAUUCAAGAAGCUAAGAAGCUAGCAGUUAAAGAGAGCGAUAGUCUUUCUUUCAGCACUUAAUAUCACAAAUCAUUCAUUUGUGUUCUUGAAGAGUUGCUUCGCAUAGAUAAGGAAAGACAUGGCUGCGGAUUGGUUGGGUAGUUUGGUGUCAAUUAACUGUGGGCCAACGCUGGGAGUCUAUCAAGGAGAGGUUUCAUCUGUGGACCAGUCCAGCCAAACCAUCUCCUUAAGACAGCCUUUCCAUAAUGGAGUCAAGUGCCCUGUUCCCGAGGUCACAUUCAGUGCCAUUGACAUAAAGGAACUAAAGAUUUUGGAUAUCAGAAAUGGCAAUGCUAGGACCAACUCAUCUGCAUCUACAAAGGUAAGCAGUGCUCCAGUUGCAGUCCCAAAGUGUGACCCUAGGUCUGUGGAGAAGCUAAACUCUCCUCAGCACUGCUCUAAAAGCUAUGGAGAGCGUCAUCUGGAUGUUCCUGGCCAGCCUAAAGGAUUCCGUCGAAGACACAAUUCCUGGUCAUCUAGUAGUCGAGGAGCAAACCAAGCGACACCGAAAAAGAACGGGGUGAAGAAUGGUCAGAUGAAGCACAGAGAUGAUGAGUGUUUUGGGGAUGGCGUGGAUGAUGGCCUGGAUACAGACUUUGAUUUUGAAGGAAACUUGGCUCUUUUUGACAAGGCAGCAGUUUUCUCAGAGAUUGACAUAUCAGAGCGCCGAAACGGUGCAAGGUCACGUGGGACGCCACAAGAGCAGACACCCUCACGAUACCGUCAUGAUGAAAACAUCCUGGAGGCCAAACCUAUUGUGUACAGACAGAUUACUGUACCGCAGCCUGGGGCCAAAGAAUACUGCACUGACUCUGGGCUUGUUGUACCCAGUAUAUCCUAUGAACUACACAAGCGUCUGUUGGCAGUUGCUGAGCGUUACGGUCUCUCAUUGGAGCGAAGACUUGAAAUGACUGGAGUAUGUGCCAGUCAGAUGGCACUUACAUUGCUGGGUGGGCCCAACAGAUUCACUCCCAAAAAUUUACACCAACGUCCCACAGUGGCUUUGCUGUGUGGCCCUCAUGUUCAGGGGGCUCAGGGUAUCAGCUGUGGUCGUCACCUGGCCAAUCAUGAAGUGGAGGUCAUCUUGUUUCUGCCCAAUUUUGUCAAGAUGCUUGACUCUGUCACCAGCGAGCUCACACUCUUUAACAAAACAGGGGGCAAACAGGUGUCAAGUAUCAAAGACCUUCCAGACACCCCGGUGGACCUAAUCAUUAACUGUCUGGACUGUCACGAGAACACUUUCCUGAUGGAUCAGCCUUGGUACCGAGCAGCUGCAGAGUGGGCUAACCAGAACCGAGCACCGGUGCUCAGCUUAGACCCUCCUGUCAGUGGACAGGGUCAGGCAGUUGAGGCCAAGUGGUCCCUCUCUCUUUGCCUCCCACUUUCGCUGGCUGAGGGAGCCGGCAGGGUUUACCUGUGUGACAUAGGUAUUCCUCGUCAGGUGUUCCAGGAAGUUGGAAUCAAGUACCAUUCUCCUUUUGGGUGCAAAUUUGUCAUUCCCCUGCACUCUGCAUAAUCGGACUAAUGGUCAACAUGACACAUUGAAUCUUUCACCAUCCUUGACCGUUUGGGUUUUGGCGCCUUAUAUUAGAGAGCAUCAGUUGUUUUUCAGUUCAUCCCUUAAGUUCCUAACUCAUCAACAUGUGAAAGGGACUUUCCCUUCACACUGAAGGACCACUGUUUUGUAAUUAAGUUCUACAAGGACUAAAUAGAAAAGAAAAAAAUAAAACCUUUAUUGAUAAAAUAGAUGUCAUGAAAAUGAAAGGCCUCAAAAAUUAUCUAGAUACUAGUGUAUUUACAUGACAUUAGAAGAUACUUUGAAGCCAGUUUAUUCAAGAAUACACAGUGUUCAGUUUUAAGUUGAACAGGACAAUCUCUGGCUUAAAAUGGAAAAUUUCUAAAUGUCAUUGUAAUCUAAUGUCAUUCCAAUGCCAUCUGGUGAUCUACCAUAGAAUACAUGCAAUGUUAUAACAUGAAUCUUAGUGAAACAGAAAUCCAAUCUACAUUGAUGUUACUAUUGCCAAUGGCUUUGCUCACAGCCUUCCAUACUUUGCAGGCAGCAUUCAGUAAAUAUUGUGUGGGCUAGAAUUUUCAUCCAAAUUAGAAAUUUCAUCUGAGCACAUUUAUAUUUAUAUGAGUAAUGCUGUGUUUUCAAACUAAACCAGUGUUGAAUGAGGCAGCUACUGGAGAGAAUCCAGGUAUCAGCAGUUUUGUUUGUCUGUGGUAAAUUAGGCUGUGUUGAUAAGGGCUCUGCUAAGAUGACAGCAUGCUAAACCUCCAGCAAUCUUGCCUUGUGGUGGUGAUUUGGAGGAGAAAAUUGCCAACUUAAUUUCAGUAAAAUUGUAUCAGCUGAUGAACCAUACCAGUGUCUUUUAAAGCUUCAGGUCCUUAACUACAAAUCAUGUAUAUUUAACAUCUCUACUGAUCAUUUUGUCAUUCAGUUCCAUGUAGUUAUUAGCUUCCAUUCCUUACUGUAAUGUUGAGUGUUAAUGCACUUGAAUACAAUAACAUUACACUAACUAAUGCAGACUUGAUGUUAGGUUGAUUGCACAUGUUUUAGGAGUAUGCUAAAAGGUUUCCAUGUUGUACAGAAAUAAUAGAAGCCAAUGGAUGCCUGGAACAGUAGACAAAAUGCAUUAACAUUUCUACAACACAGUAGCAUGGUUUGCAGAUGGUUAGUUAUGAUGUAAAAUGUAAGUGAUUUGUGACGUGUAAUGAACUAAAAACCACUGGUAUGGUCUUUGAAGUUUCAAGCCACGUUAUCUCACGAGUAUUAACCUUUUAGGUUAGAAUGUCAGUUUUUUGAUGGACGUUGUGUUGGCUGACAAAGCAGUUAGCAUCUUCUUAAGUAGAAAUACUCUCUGUGUGGGAUUCAAAUGUAUUUUUUGGUGUAUUGUCUUGAUCUGAACUCAUAAAAAAUGAUCAAGAUGCACCGCCCUGCACUGAGUACCUUCUUGGUACGGAUUAGAUUGGGUCUUUGUGAUGAGAAAUUGUUGAUAAAGUGGAUUUUCAGUUUGAGUUUGACCAGGAGUAUGCCUGUUUAUGUAUUCAACCAUUGGUGGUAUUGACCAUAAAACUAAAGCAUAGACUGUGAAAUAUUCAAAUAAUGUAAGACAAGAGCUGCUUGUUCUUUGCUGCUUAUUGAGGCCUUGAUAGAGGGGUUAGAGGCAUCUGUAAUGCCAGAUCUUUUUGACAAUGAUAGUCAAACCCUUUGCUGAUUCUUUCACAAGACCACAUUCGUUUCAUAUUUGAGUCAAGUGUGUCCAGAAUGGGGGCAGUUGUGUUCAGUUAAGAGACCUUUAUUGGACGUGCAACUUGCACACCUCAGCAUUUGCUUAAUUCUGAGGUGAGCCUCGUAUGAUUGAGGUCAGUGUAGUUUAGAAAAUGCUGAUUUCAAACACUACACACUUGCUACAAGGAGGUUACAAAUCUUUCUCUUUAGUGCAAGGUGUUUGGUGUGGUAUUAUGUCUGCAAAAUAACUUGUUAACAUCUCAGGAGGAUUUAAAAUGCUUGUGUUAUAUUUGCUGUGUUUCCUCUGUGCUCACCAAUCUGCACAGGGUUUGUGCGCUGAUUCAGUGAAAAUUACUGUUAUGCACAAAUGUUUUGUCCUCUCUCCAACAUUCCUCCGGCCUGAUGUGUUAUGUCACAUCUGUUGAGACAAGUCUGGCUUGGAAACAUCAGCCAGCGUUGCUGAAUGUGAACUUAACAUGAGUUUUGUUUCUCCUAUGCCGCCAGGGGGCCAUAAAGCCACAUGUUGUUUUUAGUGGCUCUUCCUUAUUCCUGCAGUAAUGGCAGCUUUGUGUACUCAAUAUUAUUUCCUCAAUGAAUGGUGUCAUGUCUUAACGAAAUGUUAACAGUUAGAAACCGUGUGGUGAUCCGGUCUUUGACAGGAAAACACCUGUUUGAAAGUAAAAUUGUUUAAAAGCAAGUCAUGCUUCCUGAGAUUGCUAAAAAAUAGUUUACAUGUUUCUGUCUGACCUGCAGUGGAGGUUUUAGUCCACGCUCGGUUAGUUGGCAGUCCAACAAAACCGCAGUUAAUAGCCAGUUGGAGGUUUUGUCUGGACAGAACAGUUUCCUUUUGGGAUCGAAGUUCACUGUCAAGGUUCUUGUGCAAAAAUACUGUGCAGUCCUCUUGUGUCAUAUCUGCAGAUUGGAACAAUAAAAAAAAAAUCACCACUGA